AUAUAACAUAGGACAGCUGAACAACACGCGAACAGACGUUCAUUUAUCUUCAUUUGCAUUAUUAGUCCCACGAUAACUCUGACAACGUGAUCAUGGAGAAUAUACCCCAGGCAGCACCAGGCGUAAGGAGUGCCGAUUCGUUUCGUCAAGAAAGGGCUUUCGUCAAUGGUGAAUGGAUUUCGGCGAAAUCAGGCGCCACGUAUCAAGUUAUCAACCCAUCGAACCAGGCUGUACUUGGUGUUGUUCCAGAUAUGAAUGAAGAAGACACCAACGCUGCUAUAGAAGUCGCUUAUAAAACAUUUCAAACAUGGCGAAAUGUCACACCAAAGGAAAGAAGUACGAUAUUAAAACGAUGGUUUGAACUCACGGUAUUACAUAAAGAAGAACUGGCAAAACUCAUCACCGCAGAAAUGGGCAAGCCCAUGGCGGAUAGUUUAGGUGAGAUUGGUUUUGGUGGAUCUUUCAUAGAAUGGUAUGCAGAGGAGACGAAGCGAAUAUAUGGUGACGUCAUCAACGGAAGUAACCCUCAGCGACGUCUGUUGGUAUUAAAACAGCCAAUUGGUGUAGCUGCAAUGAUAACGCCGUGGAAUUUCCCGAAUGCCAUGAUAACCAGGAAGGCUUGUGCUGCCAUUGCUGCUGGAUGUACGGUUGUUAUUAAACCAGCGGAAGAUACACCAUACUCAGCUCUAGCACUUUGUCAGUUAGCAGCCGAAGCUGGACUGCCCCCUGGUGUGCUAAAUGUGGUGACGUCAUCAAGAGGAAACGCCCCUGCCGUGGGUCAAGCUAUGUGUGAAAGUCCAUUGGUUACAAAAAUGUCCUUUACAGGGUCAACAGCUACUGGUAAGAUAAUUCUAAGACAAUGUGCAGGAACGGUAAAGAAAACAUCGAUGGAACUAGGAGGUAAUGCACCGUAUAUUGUAUUUGAUAAUGCUGAUCUAGAGAAGGCGGUUAAAGGAACGAUCGGCAGUAAAUUCAGGUGUUCAGGACAGACCUGUGUAUGUGCUAACCGAAUAUUAGUACAAGAGACUAUUUACGAAGAGUAUGUGAAGAAACUGGCGGAAGUGAUUAAACAAGAGUUAAAAGUCGGAGAUGGAUUCGAACCCGGUGUUAAUCUAGGCCCUCUGAUCAACAAGAAAGCUGUGGAUAAGGUGAACUCCAUUGUUGAUGACGCCGUUGCUAAAGGCGCGCGUGUUGUGCUUGGUGGAACGAGAAAUGAAAAGGGAGAUAACUUCGUUAAUCCGACAUUAUUAGCGGAUGUCAAGUUAGAUAUGCGAUGUGGUCAGGAGGAAAUCUUCGGUCCUGUGGCACCAAUUUUCAAGUUUAAAACGGAAGACGAGGCUGUUGCUAUUGCCAAUGCUACCACAUCAGGUCUAGCAGGUUAUUUCUUCUCUCGAGAUAUCGGGCAAAUAUGGCGAGUAGCUGAACGAUUAGAUUACGGUAUGGUCGGUGUUAAUGAAGGAGUUAUAUCGUGUGUCGAGGCACCGUUUGGAGGGUUUAAGGAAUCGGGUCUAGGGAAGGAGGGAAGUAGGUAUGGCAUUGAAGAAUACCUGGAAAUGAAGUACGUCUGUAUGGGAGUAGCGUAAAUAGAAUUAAGGCGGGGCAAUGGACUCGGUGGGUGGGGUUAGGGGGUCAUAUGGGAGGGGCUGCAAAUGAUUGAUAGAUGAAGGAAUUCCUGCUUUAACAGAAUCAAAGACGAACACAUACAUGCAAUAAUUGGAGUAUCUGGCAAUGAAUUAAAAUGUAUCCUGAUUCAACAAUUUGAAUUUUCAUGUUGCGAGUGUGCUUCCGUAACUAUUGGUCUGCUUGGUCAUAUUUUAUGUUUUGUAUCUAUAAAUCAAAUAAAAACUUUGAAUCAAC